AUGAAGCUUCGAACUUACGUCCUUCUCAUAACAGGUCUUGUAUUCACAAAUGGGGUAGUAAGAUGUAAUGCAACUACAGGUACACCAGAUGGGCGUAGUGUACAAGCAAGCGAUCAAAAAGGAGCUGAAGGACAAGACAGUGGAGGUGAAAGCACCCCGCCAAGUACACCUACUAGAGAAGGUUCCGAACAACCUUCGCCACAACAGUCAGCAGAACAUCAAGCUAGUGAACAAGUUUCAAAUGCUGUGUCUCCAUCACAAGAAACCCCUGAAUCCAGCUCUCAAGGUUCAGCUAAUAGUAACCUAAAUGGUGCAGGAACUCUUAGCACAGAACCCACCUCGGAUGCACCUCCCCCCGUUACAGAAAAUGCACAACCAGCUGUUACAAACCCGUUUGCAGUAAAAUCAGCAUUGCUGAAAGAUCAUAAUGGGUUGAAAAUUACGGGACCUUGUGAUUCAUAUUUUCAAGUAUACCUCGUGCCAUACUUAUACAUUAAUGUUAAGCCAUUGGAAAGCGAAAUAGAAAUGGAACCUACUUUCAUGAAAGUGGAUGAGAAGAUAAAGUUUGAGAAAGAUAAAAAAAAUCUCCAUAACACAUGUGAAAAAGGCAAAACAUUUAAGCUGGUUAUAUUCAUUUAUGACGGGGUACUAACCAUUAAGUGGAAAGUGUAUCCUCCACAAAAUGAGCAAGAUACUGAUAAGACAUUGGACAUAAGAAAAUACAAAAUGAGAGACAGCGGAAUGCCAAUAACAUCACUGCAGGUUCAAGUGGUGACUAAGCAAAACGAAACAUUAUAUGUCGAAAGCAAGAACUAUUCUGUGGCGAAUGACAUUCCAGAAAAAUGUGAUGCGUUAGCGAACGAUUGCUUUUUGAGCGGUAUUUUGGAUGUCCAAAAGUGUUAUCACUGCACUUUGCUGAUGCAAGAAAAACAAAAUGCAAAAGAAUGUUUCAAAUAUAUUUCUCCAGAAAUCAGAAACCGAUUCGAUGAUAUAAAAACAACAGGACAAGACGAAGACGAAGCGGAUAAGGUUGAACUUGAAGAAACAAUUGAUAAUAUUUUGAAAAAUAUUUACAAGAAUGAAGAUGGAGAGAAUAAGGAGAUAAAUAAUUUUGAUUUAGCAGAUAAUUCCUUAAAGCAAGAAUUGAUAAAAUACUGCCAAUUGUUGAAGCAGACAGACACGAGUGGUGUACUUGACAACCACGAGAUGGCAAAUGAGGAAGAGGCAUUCACCAAUUUGACAAAUAUGAUAGAAAUGAACAGUAAUUAUGAUAUAAAUGAUUUAAAAGGUAAGUUGAAGAAUGUAGCCAUAUGCAUGCAUAAUCCAAACGAAUGGGUAUCAAUCAAAACAGGGAUACUUCUACCAGUAUUAUCGCAUAACCUGGGGGACGGUAAGGACAUCACAUUAAAUACAAAUAAGGAGGGAAAUGAUACGCUGAAGCAGGGCAUGGGUAGCAGUGAAGAUUUAACUACUCUCGAAAAUGUGGAUAUUCAGCCCAUAAAAGUGACAGAUACGUUAUUUUGUAACGAUGAAUAUUGUGAUAGAACAAAGGAUACAAGUAGCUGUAUGUCAAAAAUUGAGACAGAAGAUCAGGGAAUUUGUGCUACUUCCUGGAUAUUUGCAUCUAAGUUGCAUCUAGAAAGUAUCAAAUGUGUAAAGGGGUAUGCCCACGUUCCUAGUUCUGUUUUAUAUGUGGCUAACUGUUCGCAAAAAGAGAGUGAUGCUAAAUGUCACACUGCUUCGAACCCUCUGGAAUUUUUGAACAUUCUUGAUGGUGAGCAGUUCUUACCAUCUGCAUCUGACAUGCCUUAUUCGUACAAACUGGUUGGCGAUGUCUGUCCAAAACCGAAGCAUCACUGGGUUAAUCUAUGGGAAAAUGUCAAAUUGUUAAAUCAUAAGAAAAUGCCCAAUACUGUAGGAACAAAGGGAUAUACUGCUUACCAAAGUGCACAGUUUAAGGACAACAUGGACGAAUUUAUCAAAAUUGUAAAAUCUGAAGUAAUGAAAAAAGGUUCUGUCAUUGCUUACGUGAAGGCGAAAGACGUGCUAAAUUACAAUUUCAACGGAAAAGUGGUUCAUUCUAUUUGUGGUUCUGAAAAGCCAGAUCUUGUAGUGAAUAUAAUUGGAUAUGGAAACUACAUAAAUUCAGAAGGGCAGAAAAAAUCUUACUGGCUUGUACGAAGCAGCUGGGGGAAGUACUGGGGUGACAAAGGAAAUUUUAAAGUAGUCAUGGACACACCAGACCAAUGCCAACAUAAUUUCAUCCACACUGCCGCUGUAUUCAAUUUGGACAUACCUCAGUUUGAAAUUACGGCGAAUAAGGAACCAGAAAUACAGCAAUAUUAUAUGAAGAAUUCACCCGACUUUUACAACAACCUUUACUUCAAGAAUUUUGACGCAUUGAAAGCUAAUAAUUCAAGUAAUGGAAUUGGAUCCCACAACAAUUUUGUUAUUCAUGGUCAAUCUGGUGAAGAAAAACCAAGCUUAGGGGAUUUAGCAGGAAGUGCAUUAUCGUUAAUAACAUCAUUAGCAGGAGAAGUAGCAAAAACAACGGCAGAAGCAGCUGUAGCAGCAUUAAAGGUAGGAGUUGCACCAGGAGUAGGAGUUGCACCAGGAGUAGGAGUGGCACCAGCAGUAGGAGUAGCACCAGGAGUAGGAGUGGCACCAGGAGUAGGAGUAGCACCAGGAGUAGGAGUGGCACCAGGAGUAGGAGUUGCACCAGGUGUAGGAGUUGCACCAGGUGUAGGAGUUGCACCAGGUGUGGGAGUGGCACCAGGUGUGGGAGUUGCACCAGGAGUAGGAGUUGCACCAGGAGUAGGAGUUGCACCAGGAGUAGGAGUUGCACCAGGUGUGGGAGUUGCACCAGGUGUGGGAGUUGCACCAGGUGUGGGAGUUGCACCAGGAGUAGGAAAUCCUACGCCGGGAGGGACAGGUUCAGUUUCCGCAGUUACACAAGAAGUCUCACCUGCUGGUGGAUCACAAAGUUCAACAUCAACCACGACACCAAAAGCGCCACUAUCGUCAACAACAGGCACAAGCGGUGUAAACGUUACAGGAGUAACUGGAGUACUUCACUUUCUCAAGAAUGUGAAAAAUGGUAAAGUAAAAACUGGAUUUGUGACAUAUGACAAGGCGACAGCCAUUGGUGAUGCGAAGGUUUGUUCUAGAGCCCAUUCCUCAGAUGUUGAAAAAAUAAACGAUUGUAUUAAGUUUUGUGAAGAUAAGUGGGAUGAGUGUAAAGGUACAGUGUCACCCGGGUAUUGUUUAGCUAAGAAGAAGGGAAACAAUGACUGCUUCUUCUGCUUUGUGUAA